CAUUACAUAAUGAAGUUAUUUUGAACUUUUUCUCUUGCAUAUUUACAUCAUAGCAGAAUAGGAAGACAAGUUUGUGUGCAAAAAUGGGUAGCGAUAGGAAGAGGAAGGAGGAGAAGAUGAAGCAUAAGAGAAAUUCGCCUUCUUCUCCGAAAGCAGAUGAAGGGAGAAGCAAAAGGCAGAAGAUCAAAGGAGAUGAAGAAACUAGUAAAGACAAAUCUAGAAAGGAGAAACACAAAUCUCAUAAAUCGAAACGGCGUUCUAAUGAAGGUAGGGAGUCGGGGGAAAAGCACAAAAGCAAGAGCCACAAACAUAAGGAUAAGUUGAAAAUCAAGUUUGAAGAACUAUCAAAGGAUGAUUAUUUCUCUAAGAACAAUGAAUUUGCUACCUGGCUGAAAGAUAAGAAGAAAUUGUUCUUCUCAGAUCUUUCUUCUGAGUCUGCUCGUGAUUUAUUUUCCGACUUUGUCAAAGAAUGGAACAAGGGAAAGCUCGACAUCCAAUACUACGAAGGAAUCACAACAGCACCACGGUCAUCCCAUGCUUGGAACAUAAAAAAGUAGUGGAAUUCCAUGUCUCUCUUCUACUUUAGUAGCAGUAGCAGUGACUCUAUCCCAGUUGUUCCAUGGUUACGCGUUAGGCGCCUUCUUUUUUUUUCUUUGGUAAAACCGUCGUCUUUCUGUUGUAACAACUACUUUGAUCUAGCAUAGAUGAGGUUUAUGUUAUGUCAAAUACUUUGGCUAGCAUCGCUUUCAGUGUGAAAUUUUGCUGCUUGUUGAUUUUGAAUGCAUAGAAGCCUUUUCGUUCCA